UCGGAACAAUUGAGUGUUUGGUAAUUGGACACUAGGAUCAAGGAAUCCCAUAUCGGUAACAAUUUCAAUGCAUUUGCGAAGUCACAUUGUAACUGUAAGUACUGUCUGAGAUCGUUGCGUCCGUUUCUUCGUUUAUAUCAGGCCCUAUUUUCCGAUGAGAUUAUUUUUUUUGUUGCGUGUAUGAGGUCUGUCGGGAGAUUAAAAUAUAAAAGAAAUGCAGGGAUUUGUGAGGCUACAUUUGCACUGAUGAACCGCUCUUGUUCUACUACGCUUUACUCGGUCGUUUAUGGAACCAUGGAGUGAAAUGUCGCUUUAGAAAGCGCGAGGAACAAGACUAAUUAUACUCCGAGACCUCUGGAUCUAAACCCGCCACACCGACUGCUUUAAAUCCCAGCCGGCGUGUUAACGACUUUUACAUCUCAGACGUGGGAUACCUUUUCUGUGUUGGCCAAGGCAGGGAACCUCACGAACCCCUGCCGCUACUCUCGCAGGGUAAAGAGCUAAUAAAAAAGGCUUCGGGCACCUCUAACCGGGCGCAGUUUAGCAUUUGAAUACAGCUUGGCUGUAUGAGCGAGAGGGGCAGAGAGCGUAGGAUAUCUGAUUUGUUUUUACUUGGUCGAGGGAGUGAAAUGGUAAAACUAGCUAGAAGGGGGAGAAAACGCAUUUAAAAUCGCCCACAUGCUCUGGAUCAAUCGCUGGAUUGGGGCACGGAAUACGAAGAAGGGGGAAGACGCGAGUUUGAAAUCUUUGCGGGCUGGAAGAUGGCAGAGGGGUGCAGUUGGAAGUGGUGAGAGCCUAACUUCUGGCCACUUCGAAUUUAUUUGUAACCAACUUGCCCCUAUUCGUAGGACACAUGCAGGCCAAAAAACGAUAUUUAAUCCUGCUCUCUGCCGGUACAUGUCUAGUUCUACUGUUCUACUUUGGAGGUGUACCACUUCCAUCUUCGGGCAGGAACCGGCAUGACCGUAGCCACAAUGGAUAUCGCCCCGACCAGCCGUGGCCACACUUCUCGGACCCUUUACAACAAUUCCUACUCUGGGAUCAACCGGACACCGAGGAAUACAACAUUCACAUAUCGCCAAGGCAAAAGAGGGACGUUAACACAAGUGUGUACAAAGGCAAAAGAUGUCGCAUGGAUUCGUGCUUUGAUUUCUCAGCAUGCAAAAGGAACGAUUUCAAAGUGUAUGUCUACCCCCAGCAGAAAGGGGAGAAAAUCUCUGAAAGUUACCAGAAUAUUUUGUCGAUUGUUGAGGGAUCCAGGUUCUACACCACUGACCCGGGUCAAGCUUGUCUAUUCAUCCUGAGCUUGGACACCCUGGACCGGGACUCGCUGUCUCCGCAGUACGUGCACAAUCUCAAAACCAAGGUCCAGAACCUUCACCUCUGGAACAACGGCAGAAACCACCUCAUAUUUAACUUGUACUCUGGGACAUGGCCGGACUACACGGAAGACCUAGGUUUCGACAUAGGCCAGGCCAUGUUGGCCAAGGCCAGCAUCAGUACCGAGAUCUUCAGGCCCAACUUUGACGUGUCCAUCCCGCUGUUCUCCAAGGAGCACCCUAGGACCGGAGGGGACAGGGGCUACCUAAAGUACAACUCCAUCCCACCUUUCAGGAAAUACAUGCUCGUGUUUAAGGGGAAGCGAUACCUUACAGGGAUAGGGUCAGACACGAGGAAUGCCUUGUAUCAUGUCCAUAACCAGGAGGACGUGGUGCUCCUCACCACCUGCAAACACGGCAAGGAUUGGCAGAAACACAAGGACGCACGCUGUGAAAAGGACAACGCAGAAUAUGACAAAUACGACUACAGAGAGAUGCUACACAACUCCACUUUCUGCCUGGUGCCCCGGGGCAGACGCCUGGGAUCCUUUCGCUUCCUGGAGGCGCUGCAAGCAGCCUGUGUGCCUGUGAUGCUGAGUAACGGCUGGGAGCUGCCCUUCUCUGAGAUCAUCAACUGGAACACGGCGGCCGUCAUCGGGGACGAGAGGCUCCUGCUGCAGAUCCCAUCCACGGUGCGCUCCAUCCAUCAGGAUAAGAUCCUAGCUCUGAGGCAGCAGACCCAGUUCCUUUGGGAGGCCUACUUCUCCUCUGUGGAGAAGAUUGUGCUGACCACUCUGGAGAUCAUCCAGGACCGGGUGCUGCAGCAGGAGUCCAGGAGCACCUUGAUGUGGAACAGCCACCCCGGGGGGCUCUUCGCCCUGCCACAGUACUCUGCCCACCUGGGAGACUUCCCCUUCUACUACGCCACCCUAGGUAUAAAACCGUACCCCAAGUUCACAGCAGUCAUCCAUGCAGUCACCCCCCUGGUCUCCCAAUCCCAGCCCAUCCUCAAGCUGCUGGUGUCUGUUGCCAAAUCACAGUACUGUGCACAGAUCAUUGUGCUGUGGAACUGUGACAAGCCUCUCCCUGCUAAGCACCGCUGGCCUGCCACCUCCGUGCCCGUCAUUGUCAUCGAGGGAGAAAACAAGGUGAUGAGCAGUCGCUUCCUGCCCUACGAGACCAUUGUCACCGACGCUGUGCUCAGUCUGGAUGAGGAUACGGUGCUCUCGACCACAGAGGUGGACUUUGCCUUCACGGUGUGGCAGAGCUUUCCAGAGAGGUUGGUGGGCUACCCGGCCCGGAGCCACUUCUGGGACAGUAACAAGGAGCGCUGGGGCUACACUUCCAAGUGGACCAACGACUACUCCAUGGUGCUGACCGGAGCUGCCAUCUACCACAGAUAUUACCACUUCCUUUACACAAACUUCCUGCCUGUCAGCCUGAAGGGCAUGGUGGACCAGCUGGCCAACUGUGAGGACAUCCUCAUGAACUUUCUGGUGUCCGCCGUCACCAAGCUGCCGCCAAUCAAGGUCACCCAGAAGAAGCAGUACAAAGAGACCAUGAUGGGACAGUCGUCGCGGGCUUCGCGCUGGGCCGACCCGGACCACUUCGCCCAGCGGCAGACGUGCAUGAACAAGUUCGCCAGCUGGUUUGGCGGCAUGCCCCUGGUCCACUCCCAAAUGAGGCUGGACCCGGUGCUGUUCAAGGACCAGGUCUCCAUCCUGCGCAAGAAAUACAGGGACAUUGAGAGGCUCUGACAGGAUGUGCACCCCCUGCCAGAGAGGCCGGGGGAAGCGGUAGCCGAAGGAGGACCACGACAGUGGCAGUAGAACAGUCAGCCACCUGGAGCCCAAUCUAAGGCGGCGCUACAGCUCUGUCUUCCACUCAGCACAUUGCCAAUGACUACAGCAGCGCCAGGACUUGACGAGCGAAAUGGUGUCUGGAGAACUAUGCGUAUACACACACAGAAUAUACAGAUCUGUAGUACGUUCACAUAAACACACACAGACACUACUGACGAGACUCUUGGGUAGAAUACUUUUUUUGUAUGAAUGCCACGAAGGAGCGGAUUACGACAGACUUUCCUGCGACUCUCUGCACAUGUGCAGGAUGGUAGAGGAAGGGAGGUGUCCAACAUGGCAACCCAACCUCAGAUCAGAUCCGCCCCGGGCUGGUAACCUAGAGUCAAUGCAACCCCACCGUGACUCCUUCAUGACCUCCCUAUGUCUGCAUCAGGACCACUGAGACACUCACCACCAGCCCCUGCUCUGGACCCUAGGAAACCAGGUUCCUCCAUUACUUUCCUAACCAUACUUCCCUCCCAUAUGUACACUGGUUUGAAGCCUUGGGGUCUUAUCUUCCUAAGAACUGUCCCCUGAUUAAAUUAAAUUCAACAUUUUGUAGUAAAGAUCGAGAAAAGUUGAGUCCAAGCUCCCCCCUUAUAUUUUUGUUAUUUUACUGGAAGGGUGGUUUAAAAGCCACCGUUUUCAAAUGGUGCCACUCAUAUUGCCAUGAGGCAGUCGCAAAACCCACAGGAACACCCACUCUAUGCUCAGUCUUUGAUUUUCUGAUAGUUAGAUUUUUAUUUCUGUCUGUUUCUCUGAUUUAUCACAACGAUAAGCCAGAAGCAUGUCACAUUUUAGAUGUACCCUUUUUCCUUCAAAACUCUCAACUCUCAAAAGCAGUUCCACUUUUCUCCUCGUCUUUCCCCUCAGAAGCUCCGUACCAGUGUGUGUACAGAGGUUGAAUGUAGGCUCAUCCCCACCAAAAGCCCAAGCGGAGCACUUUCCCUCUGUCGGAAUGAGCAACAUGAACAUUCCUGGAUGAAAUGGAGCAGAACACUGCCUUCUAAACCAAACCCUUUUCACCCAUUUCUUUAUUUCCCCUUUAUUGUUUGAGCAAUCCCGUGGCAGGAGUGCAUGCUAAAUUUAGACCCUGCUUCAUUUCCACAGGGGUGUUACAGAUUUCAGUGACUCGUCUGUUGUGCCAUGUCCCCGAAAUUCACAUUAGGGCUGCCUUUUUAAAAUUGCUUAUUGCACAUAUUUUCCGUAAAUCGAUAUCGAAAGCAGGAGAACAUGCGAUCUGGUCAAAAUGCCCUCUGUAAUAUUCGCUGUUCUUCCUAGAUGCCCUCAUCAUAAUGAUGUUGGUGAAAUACAAGCCUCAAAGCCAUUCGAUAGACGUAGGCAUUUCCUACACUAUUUGUCAGAGGACAUAUGUUUUGUGUUUAAUUAGAGAAAGAUAUUUCAUUUGAAGUGUUGGUUUCCCUGGGGAGCAGCCCAUGCUGAAACCGUCUGUCUCUAUAUUUCCCAUCAUGUCUGACUCUGCUCUGGAUGCGGUGACCCACAACCAUGACCCUUUGGCUCGAGGCGUACAGACAACCAGCUCCCCCUUCACCGAGCCUUGUCAUUGUAACGUUCUUCAUUACCCUCUUUGUUCAUCAUUUCUGUUGCUCCUAGUUUUCAUGUGAUGCUGGUGUGCUCACAAUAGACUCAUCCCAGCUCAUCUACAUUUGGUCUGACACGUUGUUUAGUAUUGUGGUCAGAUAUGAAAAACCUCCAUACUUCCUUUUAAUUGAUCAAUUUCAAGGAAAUAGCUUUGAGAUGUGGAAGCUCAUGGCUUUAUAGUGAAAUCCUAUUGUGAACAGGCUUUAGUCUUUGUACCACACAAAGAGCCCUGCUAGUUCACUCGAACAGGUACUUGAAUGUCUGAAGACUUGAAGGAGCGUAAGUGUGCUUGAGUGGCCUUUUUUUAUUGUGAAGGUGACUGAAGGUGUUCAUUUGAAAGUGCAUUUUUGUUCAGAACUGGGCUGCAUCUGGCUCCCGAGAAACCGGCCCAUAGUGUAUCAGCUGUGAGCCAAAGCUCCAACUAUCCGUUUUUUUUCUUCUAUCCCCUUCGUCGUAUCUGCGUCAUUUCUUAUUGACGGCGUUGUAGAUUCUCUUUCUCAUUUUGAUGUUGUUUUCAUCUUCCAUAUCAGGAAACAAUCAAUGGAGGUCAGUGUCCACUAGGUGUAUACAUGGCCAAUGAGUUGAUAUUGUGUCAUUGGUGGGCCUGGCCCAUCUACUCUUGUUAUUUUCACAAUGUCAAAUGUGAUAUUAUCAGCAUAACACUUCAUACUACAGUACAGUUAGAUUUAGUACAGUUUCAAAGCUGGUAUAUUGUCAAUAUAUUGUUUGUUUUUUUCACAAAAUGUUUGCAUUUCAUGUUUAUUUUCUUUCUGGCAAUGUACUCGGGAGAAGUUUUUUGGAAUGAACUUGUAUGACUUGAUAUUGGCCAAGAGAGAUUUACGUUGUAUUUUGAUGUUGACUUACAGCAAGCCUUGGAUCUCUUGGCACUAGACAUGCAUCUCAAUGAUUCUGAAAAAAGUUGGCCUGCAUCUGGUCCCCUUUUUUUGAAGUUCAGUCAACCAUCUUUGUAUCAAGCCUUUUUCUAUCUCGAAUUGUCUGAACGAACUUGUUAUAUCUCAAGAGCGAAAGUCCCCAGCCUUGCACAUUGACUUCACGGGCGAAACCAGAGACAUUAACAUUUCUGUACAUAAACAUGUAUAUUUAUUUUCAUAUGUGAGAAAAACCAGACUGUGUAUAGUAUGAAAUGACAGGGGAAAAUAACAGGAUUUCAUGGCUGAAGGAAUAGUUGAUGAGCAAAAAAAGAAAUCUCAUUUUGUAAGUUGUAUACAUUUCUUUAACCCUUGUGCUUUGCUGGGCGGGAAAAAAAUAAGUCCAUUGUGGUAUGGGUCAGAUUGACCCGCACAGUGUAAACGCACUCGACAGUCAAAGAAUCAAGUAAAAACAGCCAAAACGUUUGUCUUGUCAGACCUUUCAUAAAGAAGAAAUACAAGAACAUUUGAUUUCCAAAACUCUACAUUGAACUAUUGGUAAAAUAUAUUUACAUUUACAUUUAAGUCAUUUAGCAGACGCUCUUAUCCAGAGCGACUUGCAUUUUCUGUUUCCCCAAGGUGUUUUUUUUUUUUUUUUUUUUUCAGUAACACUUAGGUGUGAUUUGACCCUAUUGGUCAGAAUUAUCCCACAUGUUGAACACAAUGCACGUGUGUGCUUUCUGCAGAUGUACAGUUGAAGUCGGAAGUUUACAUACACCUCAGCCAAAUACAUUUAAAUUCAGUUUUAAACAAUUCCUGACAUUUAAUCCUAGUAAAAAUUCCCUAUUUUAGGUCAGUUCGGAUCACCAAUUUAUUUUAAGAAUGUGAAAGGUCAGAAUAAUAGUAGAGCAAAGGAUUUAUUUCAGCUUUUAUUUCUUUCAUCCCAUUCCCAGUGGGUCAGACGUUUACAUACACUCAAUUGGUAUUUGGUAGCAUUGCCUUUAAAUUGUUUAACUUUCAAACAUUUCGGAUAGCCUUCCACAAGCUUCCCACAAUAAGUUGGGUGAAUUUUGGCCCAUUCCUCCUGACAGAGCUGGUGUACCCGAGUCAGGUUUGUAGGCCUCCUUGCUCGCACACGCUUUUUCAGUUCUGCCCAUAAAUUUUCUAUGGGAUUGAGGUCAGCGCUUUAUGAUGGCCAGUCCAAUACCUUGACUUUGUCCUUUAGCCAUUUUGCCACAACUUUGGAAGUAUGCUUGGGGUCAUUGUCCAUUUGGAAGACCCAUUUGUGACCAAGCUUUACCUUCCUGACUGAUGUCUUGAUGUUACUUCAAUAUAUCCACAUAAUUUUCUCUCCUCGUGAUGCCAUCUAUUUUGUGAAGUGCAUCAGUCCCUCCUGAAGCAAAGCACCCCCACAACAUGAUUCUGCCACCCCCUUGCUUCAUGGUUGGGAUUGUGUUCUUCAGCUUGCAAGCCUCCCCCUUUUUCCUCCAAACAUAACGAGUCAUUAUGGCCAAACAGUUCUAUUUUUGUUUCAUCAGACCAGAGGACAUUUCUCCAAAAAGUACAAUAUUUGUCCCCCAUGUGCAGUUCAAACCGUAGUUGGGCUUUUUUAUGGCAGUUUUGGAGCAGUCGCUUCUUCCUUACUGAGCGGCCUUUCAGGUUAUGUUGAUAUAGGACUCGUUUUACUGCGGAUAUAGAUAAUUUUGUACCUGUUUCCUCCAGCAUCUUCAAGGUCCUUUUGCUGUUGUUCUGGGAUUGAUUUUCACUUCUCGCACCAAAGUGCGUUGAUCUCUAGGAGACAAGACGCUUCUCCUUCCUGAGCGGUAUGACUGCUGCGUAGUCCCAUGGUGUUUAUACUUGCAUACUAUUAUUGUUUGUACAGAUGAACGUGGUACCUUCAGGCGUUUGGAAAUUGCUCCCAAGGAUGAACCAGACUUGUGGAGGUCUAAAAUUUAUUUUCUGAGGUCUUGGCUGAUUUCUUUUGAUUUUCCCAUGUCAAGCGAAGAGGCACUGAGUUGGACGGUAAAGGCCUUGAAAUACAUCCACGGGUACACCUCCAAUUGACUCAAAUGAUGUCAAUUAGCCUAUCAGACGCUUCUAAAGCCAUGACAUAAUUUUAUGGAAUUGUCCAAGCUAUUUAAAGGCAGUCAACUUGGUGUAUGUAAACUCCAUGUCCGCUCUUCUCUGGAUGAUGGCUGUUGCAUGAUGCUCUCUCUCUCUCGUCGGAUGGAGGGGAUGGUAUGGCAGACUCCACCUCCCGAAUCCUCUUCAUCAGAGAAAUAUUCACAAAUCUGGAUCAAUAGCAUUGUCCUGUCUCUGAAACCUCUUCUAUUUCACUGUCACAGUCCAAAGUUUGUGAUGAGGCUUCAAUGACUGAAAAUCUUUUGGAGCUCAUAUGUAUGACUGUCUGUUAUGUAUGACGAUCUGCUGCUCUCGCACUGAGAAGGAGAAGCUUGGGGAAACUCCUUUCCACCCGAAACAUCAUUCUAAAAGUGCAACCAGAACCAGUCAAAACGGAACACAUCAAAGACGCGUCGUUUAUUUUGGACCGACCUGUGCAAAUAUCUAUACACAUGAAAGCCUCUGGGUCAAAAUGACCCACAACAGCAUGUUUGUAUACAACAUCUACACACAUUCCACAACAUAUUAGCGUGUCCACAUUUUGAAGUUAGGUUCAUGACCCUAAAUGAGGAAAAGUAAUUUUCAUGGAGGAAGAGGUUAACUAGUAUUUUAGACAACACAAAUGUGGAAAUGGGUCAAAUUGACCUACAACAUAAUAGGAGGGUUAAUUGUUGCAAAUAUAUAUAUAUAUAUUUUUGUUUCCAUGGAAUAAAACCAUCCCUUUUUGCUUUUAAAAUCUUCAUCUAUAGAGCAACUGCAACCAUUAUAGAAAUCCAUUUGUGUUACCAUGUCAGUUUAUUCAUAAUCACCAUGGAGACAAGAUGAUACCAAUCUAGAAUUGGAUUUGCUGUGAGCAUUUCGAUGGCAGCUGGGUCUCUUAGACAGAUCGAGGGUUUUCGUUUGUUGCUACAGUGUGUUUUAGAUUCACCAUGUUUUUUUUGUCACUGUCCACAUCUGCAUACUCAUUGAUAGUUUGGGGAAAACUGACAAUUCUCUUGACUGUCAUAUCUGGUACAAAUGUAAAACAACUCUCAUUUAAACAUAUCCUUCCAUAAAACCAUAGGAUACCAGACAUUCUAUGGUUUAUCAAUGCAUGGCAUCUGUAUCAGUGUGGUUGGAUGUGCAGGAUGGUUCUGUCUGUGAUUUGUUUUUGUUUUUCAAUCAAAUGUAGGAUUUUGAGCUCAUGGUAACAAACCGCCAUUUGAACUGUCAGUCAGAAGAGGAGCGUCAUACAGGGCUCUCGUUCAACUGGACGUACACUGGAGAUUUAGCACCGCUUUCAUUCAUUCUGGACCACUCUUCUGUCGGAUAUUAAACUGUGGUGAUGGCCGACAACGCACCUGCAUGACCACUUCUAUGGAAUUAUUUAUCAGUACUUGGCUGUAUCAGACAGACGAGAUAUAUAUAUUUUUUAACAACUUAAUUUGCUCCCAGCUGUCCUGAUGCCUUCCUCCUGCCUACCUUGUAAUUAACAAAUGACUUUUAUAGAGGUAAAUGAAAUAGAAACAUGCCAAUUUUUGUAAGAAUGAUUUAUAAUAAAAAAGAAACAUUUGAUCAUUGA